UUGGUCAACAAGCCGCCAGUGUGUGAGCAGCUUUCAGCCUCCAGCGCGCGGACUUCUCCUCCACUUAGUACCGAGGAUUAUCCGUUCAUCGUUACACAACUCGUGUUGCCGGUGGGUGACGCGGAGCUACGGAGCUGCGAGAUGCCGCUUCUCCACAGGAGAGCCUUCAUCCGGGAGAGACCCCCGGCGGACCUGCGGCCGGAGGAAGAGGUCUUUCUCUGUAAAAUCACACACGAAAUCUUCCGGAGCUACGAUGACUUCUUCGAGCGGACCAUCCUGUGUAACAGCCUGGUGUGGAGCUGUGCUCUGACGGGCCGGGCCGGCCUCACCUACCUGGAGGCGGUGGAGAGCGAGCGGCGGGCCAAGCAGAGCCUGCGCAGCUUCUCCCCGUCGCUGCUGCUGCCCGUCCUCCACCUCGCCGCGCUCAGCCGCCACGCUCGCCUCUCCGAGCUCUGCGAGGACGUCUACGCCUUCGUCAGAGAGCGCUUCUUCCCCGGGGAGACGGUGGAGGUCACGGGACGCAACGGGACCAGACAUGUGUGUGAGAUCCUGCAGGUUCACUCUCCUCACUCCAGCGCUAACGGAGCUCCAGCCGCUAACGGCUCAGCGAGCGCUAACGGCCACGCCCAACCAGCUGACGGCGACCCCAUCGUCAUCAGCGACAGCGACGAGGAAAGCAAAGCCUUCCAGAGCCCCCGGGCUAAGAACAGCAGGAAGAAGAAGCCUCUGAACCCGUCUGUGUUUAAAUACACCGUGAGGAUGAUGAAGGACGAACACAGCGAGCCGUUUACGGUGAAAGCCAAUCAGAUCAGUCGCAGGAAGGCCAGCGUGUCCAAAGAGAGACUGAAGCUGCUGUUUAAACAACACUGUGAGCCUCACAACGGGACCAUCAGCCUCAAGGCCUCCACCGUGUCAAAGCACCGGCUGUCUGAACAGAGUUUCUCUCAGUUCUUCCCUGAUGACCCCCCCAUCUUCCCCUUCAGCCCCCUCUCCAAGGGGGGGGGGCGGGGCUCACCUGCACAGGCCAGCCCGUCGCUGCUGAGGGAGAAGCUGCUGCAGCAGAGAGAAAACAUGGAGCGAUCUCGGCUGAAGGAGAAGAAAGAGAAGGAGGAGACGCAGGAGGCCAAGAGGAGGGAGAGGGAGGAGAGAGAGAGGCUGAAGGAGGAACACCGGAAGAGGUUUGAAGAGGAGAAACAGAAGAGAAGGGAGGAGAAGGAGCGCAGGAAGCUGGAGAAGGACCGAGAACGAGAGAAGCUGAAGGAGGAGAAGAAGAAAUACGCCGAGCGACUGAAGCUGUGGAGCAAACCAAGAGAAGACAUGGAGUGUGAAGACCUGAAGGACCUGCCCAGUCCGGUCCCGGUGCGGACUCGUCUCCCGGCCGAGCUGUUCGGUGAAGCUCUGAUGGUUCUGGAGUUCCUGAAGGCGUUCGGAGAAGUCUUCGACCUGAAGGACGAGUUCCCCGACGGAGUCUCUCUGGAGGUUCUAGAGGAGGCUCUGGUUGGUUCUGACCCAGAGGGUCCACUGUGUGAGCUGCUCUUCUUCUUCCUGUCGGCCAUCUUUCAGGGUCUGGACGAGGAACAAGAGGAGGUCGCUAAAGACCAGGCAGAAGACCUGUGUGAGGCUCUGGACGAUGACCCUGAUGUGACCCAGUCUGCUGUGGGUGCGGUAGCGGGCCUGGCUGCGGCCUGGUCCCCGCUGCACCAGGGCUGCAGCCUGAAGCAGCUGGACCUGGACAGCUGCACGCUGUCCGAGAUCCUGCGCCUGCACAUCCUGGCGUCUGGCGCCGACUGUAACCACGGCAACGCCAAGUUCCGCUACCAGAAGCAGGGCGGCUUCGCGCUGAUGGACGACCCGUGCGUGGAGCUGCGCGUGGCCGAGCCGGCGCUGCUGAAGAGGCUGACCUGCACGGCCGUGUACGACCUGGCCCCAGGGGAGAAGCUGAGGAUCCUGCAGGCUCUGGUGGGGAAGCUGCUGACGUUGGCGUCCAGCAGAGAUGUGAUCGAGGACGGUGUGGAGGAUCAGAGAGCCGCCAGACAGGAACUCAGAGAGAUCAGAGCAGAACAACACAGGAGAGACAGAGAAGAGGCCGCACACAGGGUCCGUCUCCGUAAAGAGGAGAAGCUCAGGGAGCAGAAGGGAGGAGCACACACCAACAGUGAGACUCCUGCAGAACAACACACUGAAGAAGACGAGGACCAAAACUCUUCAUCCAACAAAAAGACGAUGAAGGCUACAGACAGACAGCCGGCCUGGUCCUGCCCCCCAGCCCCCACCCCGCUGACUGCAGAGGAGCAGGAGAAGGAGCAGGAGAAGGUGGCAGAGCUGCAGGAGAGGAUCCAGAAGGCGGCAGCCUGCACCUGCCUGCAGCCGCUGGGUCGAGACCGGCUGUACCGGCGGUACUGGCUGCUGCCCUCGGCCUCGGCGCUGCUGGUGGAGGAAGACUGCUUCGGCCUGACGGAGGACAUGCUGCUGCCGCGCCCGAAACCUGCACCAGACGGCAUCGCCAAGACGGAGGAGGAGGAGGAGGAGGACGGCAAGGAGGAGCCGGCCGAGGGGAGUGCUGGCUCAAGCCCCGCCCCCUUGCACACCUGUGGGCCGCCAGUCAAACGUCCCAACCAAUGGUCUUUCUACGCCUCGGUGGAGGAGGUGGAUCAGCUGAUCGAGGCUCUGAACCCCCGAGGUCACCGAGAGAGCAGCCUGAAGGAGGCGCUGCUGCAGGAGAGAGAGAGGCUGACCACGCUGCUAGAGAGAGGAGCAGGCAACAAGUACACACACACAGAUGACCCGGAGUCGUCCCGAUCUGUCCCACAAUGCACUGCUGCAGCUGAGACUGUGAUGGAGGGGAGACUGAGAGACCUGCUGCUGGACAUCGAGGACCGAAUACACCAGGGAACUCUGGGAACUCUGAAGGUGAUGGACAGACAGGUGUGGCGCUCGGCGCUGGAAGCAGGAAACUACGAGCUGCUGUGUUCUGACGGAGGGACGAACGGACGAGUGGACACCAUGGAGGUGGACUCACCUGCCCAGCUGAGAGCCAGAGACAGGCUGCAGGAGCUAAAGUCUGACAGCAUGGUCUGCAGCGGCAGCGGGACUCCUCAGGCGGUCAGCAGCUCGGUACGAAUCCUGGCUCAGGCUCUCGCUCACAUUGAGCAAGGCAUCGAGAGGCGUUUCGUCAAAGCUCCGCUGGGUGACGAAGACUCAAAGAAAGAUCAGAAGACAAAGAAGAACAAGAAGAAAGACGAGGACCAAGCCAGUGAAGAUGGCAGUGACAGUGGUCGAGUCAGUAAGACGGUGCUGGAGCGAUGGAGGGAGUCUCUUCAGUCCUGCUCCAGUCUGUCUCAGGUGUUUGUUCACCUGUCCAGUCUGGAGCGAAGUGUCCUCUGGUCUCGCUCCGUCCUCAACGCUCGCUGUCGCAUCUGCCGACGCAAAGGAGACGCCGACAACAUGCUGCUGUGUGACGGCUGCGACCGGGGACACCACACGCACUGUCUCAGGCCGCGCCUCAAGUCGGUUCCAGAGGGAGACUGGUUCUGUCCAGACUGUCGACCCAAACAGAGAUCCAGCCGCCUGCCGUCCCGUCAGCGCUCCUCUAUCGACGAGGAGGAGGAAGAGGAAGAGGAGGGAGAUGGAGAACAGGAGGAGGAGGAGGAGGAGUCAGAAGAGGAAGAGGAGGAGUCAGAGGAAGAAGAGGAGUCGGAAGAGGAAGAAGAGGAAGUAGUGAGCACCAAGAAGAGCCCAGCCCCUCCCCUAAAGGCAAGACUCAACAGGCCCCGCCCCCUAAAGGCAAGACUCAACAGGCCCCGCCCCCUAAAGGCAAGACUCAACAGGCCCCUCCCCCUAAAGGCAAGACUCAACAGGCCCCGCCCAAAGGCCAACAGGCCACGCCCAAGAACAGCACUGCUGCCUCGGCAGGGAAAACCUCUUCAGCCUCCAAGUCGUCGGGAAAGAAGGCCACGCCCCCCCCAGUGAAGGCCACCUCGUCUGCAGGUAAAACACCGCCGCGCUCUGGGAGCCGGAGCAGCGCCCGUCGGAGCAACGAGAUCCACAACGGAAACGCCAAAAC